CAGAAGGUGGCAGUAAUGCACCGAUAAGCUCGUAGAAGCAGAAGAAGAAGUCAGCGGAAGUCGCGGCACGCGAGCAGUCAGCGCUGUCCCCCGUGCCGGAUCCCUUCCCUCGUUUAUCUGCACACUUCAAAGCAGUAUGACCAGUGUUGAACAAAUUGCAGCAGUAGGACAGGUUCUGACCGAUCCAGGAAUAGACCUGACCCGGCGGUUCAGAGCCUUAUUCACCUUGAAGAACCUGGGAGGUGCUGAAGCUAUAGAAUGGAUCAGUAAAGCCUUCACAGAUGAGUCUGCCCUGCUGAAACACGAGUUGGCUUACUGCCUUGGACAGAUGCAAGACAGACAUGCCAUACCCACUUUAACAGCAGUUCUCCGAGAUACACAGCAGGAGCCAAUGGUCAGGCAUGAAGCAGGAGAGGCUCUGGGAGCAAUUGGGGAUGCUGUGGUUCUGGACCUACUAAAAGAAUACAGUCAGGACCCUGUCAUUGAGGUGGCAGAGACGUGUCAGCUGGCUGUUCGGCGGUUGGAGUGGCUGCAGACUGCAGGAGUUAAGGAGUUGGACGGAAGUGGAAGUACAGAUCAGAACCCCUACCAAUCUGUAGACCCAGCCCCUCCAGCUGUGACGAAGAGCGUGUCAGAGCUUCGCUCAAUCCUGCUGGAUGAGCAUCUGCCACUCUUUGAACGUUAUCGGGCAAUGUUUGCCUUGCGUAAUCUGGGCACAGAGAUGGCUGUGCUGGCACUGGGAGACGGUCUGCAGUGCUCGAGUGCUCUAUUCCGUCAUGAGAUUGGCUAUGUCCUGGGUCAGAUACAGCAUCCCGCUGCGGUCCCAGCCCUCUGUGCAGCUCUGGAGCGUUCUGGUGAGAACCCUAUGGUCCGACAUGAGGCGGCAGAGGCACUUGGUUCCAUCGGCAAAGAGGAGUGUCUGGCUGUGCUGCAACAGUACCUUGGAGACGGAGAACGUAUUGUUAAGGAAAGCUGCGAGGUCGCUCUAGAUAUGCUGGAGUACGAAAACACUGAGCAGUUCCAGUAUGCAGAUGGACUAGUCAGCUUAAAGGGCUGAGAGUAGUACUGACAUUCUUAUUCAAAUAACAGCAGGAGGUUUGAAGCAGCUGCCAUUUCAUGUGUCCCUUUCCUUUGCAAGGUGUUGCCACAGUUGCAGCGGUCUAACUUUGUUAGGAGUACAGUACGAGAGCUUGUCAAAUGUCAGUUCCACUCGACAUAGAACUCAUACAAGCCAGGGUUUCUGUGUUGUGGAAGUAUGUUGGGCAGUACACAUUCCUCAUUGUAGGAAUAGUUCAUUCCAAACUGAAUGCGUAUUGCAGUAAUAAAUAAUAUGGAACUGUUGUAAAACGUACUUCUAGAUUACUUCACAACAUGGGUUUUAUGUAAAUCUUGUAUCCAACUGUGUACUAUAUGGAAAUUAAAAAGCUCCUGCUGUAUAAAUUUG